AUGCCGGCCAUUAGACAUUCGUCAAAACGAAAGCCACCGCCCGAGGGCUUCAGCGACAUCGAAGAUGACCUUCUGAUCUUUGCGAACAAGAUGAAGGAUGCGCAGAACAAGCCUCCUCCUCCCGGCCCAAAGCACAUGGCGCAGUGGGAGAUUUUCCAGAUUGCGCACCAGAGAAGCCGCUACGUAUACGACCUAUAUUACGAGAAGGAGGCCAUCAGCAAACAGCUUUAUGAAUGGCUUCUCAAGAAUGGCUAUGCCGAUGCGAUGCUAAUCGCCAAGUGGAAGAAGCAGGGCUACGAGAAGCUCUGCUGCCUACGCUGUGUUCAAACGAAGGAAACGAACUUCAAUAGCACCUGCAUCUGCCGAGUACCAAGAGCUCAGCUGAAAGAAGAUAGCGAUAUGCAGUGCGUCAGCUGUGGUUGCAGAGGGUGUGCAUCCAGCGAUUAA